UGCUGCUGCUGCUGCUGCUGCUUUAAUAACAGAAAAUCUGACGUAGUACAGAUCACCCUAACCCAAUGGUAUUCACCAGACGUCGACUUCCUCCCGCGACAGUCCUUCUCUCGGCCUGAAAGCAGAAAAUAACAAGAAAAGCAGUCAGUUUCUGUUCAGCCCACCGCCGGGAUCAAAAAACCCGCGCCGAGUCGGGGCCGGAAGAGACGCAGACAGAAGACACCGAAGUAUUAAACCUACACGAAGCCCUUAAUACAACACAAAGUUUAAAGAAUCAGCUACAUUCGGCGCUCCCCAGACCUUCACCUUCUUUCCCCCGACUACUACAGCAACCACCCGUACUUUCACGACAACUGCUAUCUGCCUCGGAAUUUGGUGCAAUCGAUAGAAUAAUGGCAAAGGGAUUUGAACAGCAAGUGGAGGACAGAGUGGAGGAAGUUGCGCACGAGAUCAAGGAGGGAGAGGCUCCGCAGAGUACCGACACAAACCUGCGAUAUGCUGCCUACGCCAACCGACUUCGAACUAUCGUGAUGGCAACCCAGCGAUACGUCGCCUACACCUCCGACAUCGGUGAAUCCUUCAGACCGAUCGUGAACCCCACCGUUGUCCGUGCCUGCUACGGAAUCAGUUGGGCGUACGUUCUUGGAGAUGUCUCCUACGAGGGAUACAAGACUUACCUCAAACAGCAAGACUGGCUUACAGCAGCAUCGAAGGGUGAAGCGCCAACUGUUGAAAAACCCAACUGGGUUCUGACAACCGUCCAGCGCGGUGUCUUCCAGAGCAUUGCUAGUAUGGGUCUCCCGGCCUUCACCAUCCACUCUACUGUCAGAUACAGUAGCGCGGCCAUGAAGAACGUCAAGAAUCCAAAAAUCAGAACCUGGGGACCGGUCGGCUUGGGCUUGGCAGUCGUUCCCUUGCUCCCGUACCUCUUUGACGAACCAGUCGAGCACGCUGUCGACUACGUCUUUGAGAAGGGUAAAGAGGCUUACAAAGACUUCAACAAGAAGGAAUUGUAGAUUGUCAUACCUGUUUUUGGAUCGUCACAGAGCCUGACAAACAGUCUCUAAUUUUGUUAUCUAUGCCAUCUAUCUGUUUAUAUUCUCCGUUCCAGCUGCAAGAUAAUACAUUGCUAUACUUUACUUUCAGA